GAUAUAUACGUUGGAUUGAUCGUAGUGUUUGUCUAUAGAUCACAGACAAUUACAAAAAUAUCUCUUUUGUCUCUCUUUUCCACCGCCAUUUUUCUUCUGCAAUAACUUCAUUUCAAGCUCAUCCUCUCCUCUCCUCCCAUGGCUGCUGGAGAAGAAAGCGGGUCCAGACCCAGACCCAGAUCCAAACCAUACUUGAGUAAUUCCUGUAUUCUUCUCAUAGUGGUAUCGGGGAUGGAGAGGUUUGUAUUCAAAGGAGUGGCGUCGAACUUGGUGACGUAUUUAACGGACGUGAUGAAGAUGAGUAACUCAUCGGCAGCGAAGACGGUGAGCAGUUGGUGCGGUUUCACUUCCAUGUUACCGUUGGUGGUGGCGCCGCUGGCUGAUUCUUAUUGGGAUCGUUAUUCCACCAUUUUAGGUUCUGCUUUUCUUUACGUUCUGGGUCUAGUUGCUUUAACAUCAACAACAUUAGCAAGAACAUGGUCACCAACAAACACAGCCUCAUCGUUCCUGUUCUCGUCUCUCUACCUCAUCUCCCUUGGUCAGGGUGGCUACAACCCUUCUCUCCAAGCCUUUGGUGCUGAUCAGCUCGACCACGAUGAUGCUGAACUCCCAACCAUCAAUGCAAAAACCCCGUCCGAUGAGAAACCAAAGAAGAAAAGCUUGUUUUUUCAAUGGUGGUACUUUGGAGUAUGUAGUGGCAGCCUUCUUGGUGUGACGAUCAUGUCUUAUAUUCAAGAUAACUUUGGUUGGGUGCUUGGAUUUGCCAUUCCUAUGUGUGCUAUGGUUUCUUCAGUUGCUCUGUUUAGCUGUGGGACUAAAAUCUAUCGCUAUAAAAGAGAUGUUGAAGAAGAUGAAGUUGAGAAGAGAAGGUUUGUGAAGGUUAUGGAGAUUUUUAAAGCUACUGCUUCUAGGCUCAUGUGUUGGAGAAGUGUUGUUACUACUACGUUGUCCAUUCACAAAUCUGAGGAUGAUGUUGAGUUAGAGCUGCAAGAGACCAAGCCAUUGUGCCAUGAAAACUCAGGAGCAAUAAUGAAAGCUAUGGUUAACAAAAACAACACCACAAUAAUUCCAAGAGAAAGAGUGUGUGUACCACACAAGGUAAAAUUGGUUCUACGGCUCUUACCAAUUUGGACAAUGCUUCUAAUGUUCGCUGUAAUAUUCCAACAACCAGCUACCUUCUUCACCAAGCAAGGCAUGACAAUGGAGCGAACCAUCGGCGCUGACUUCAAAAUCCCACCUGCCACCCUGCAGAGCGCCAUCACCAUCUCCAUAAUCCUCCUCAUGCCUUUAUACGACAAAGUUCUAAUCCCCAUCACCCGCCUCUUCACUGGUACCAAGAAGGGCAUCACUGUUAUGCAGAGGAUGGGCAUUGGAAUGUUCCUCUCCACCAUUGCCAUGAUCCUUGCUGCCCUUAUCGAAGCCAAGAGGUUAACGAUGACAAAAAAUGCAUCGUCACUUAGUAUCUUAUGGCUUCUGCCUCAGUAUAUAAUAUUAGGGAUUUCAGACAUUUUCACAGUGGUGGGGAUGCAAGAGUUCUUCUACUCAGAGGUUCCAGUGAGUAUGAGAACGACAGGGUUUGCAUUGUACAAUAGCGUGUUUGGGGUUGGGAGCUUUUGCAGUGCGAUAAUGAUAUCGGUUGUGGAGUUGUUGACGAGUGUGGAGGGGAAGCCGAAUUGGUUUUCAGACAACAUGAAGGAAGCUAGGUUGGACAAGUAUUAUUGGUUGUUGGCAUUUUGCAGUGGGUUGAGCUUUGUAUUGUAUGUGAUUUGGUGUAAAUGUUUCAGAACAAGUAGGAUCGAUGAAGAAGAAACAGAGUAUUGAAUUUUGAAUCAAACUUUGUGUAGUUUGAUGGAUUUUGUAAAUAUUUUAGUGAAAUUAUCAAGGAUGGAAUUGUGGAAUGAGAUAGUAAUGGGUCCUUUUCUUUUCCACUCUUUGUCAAAAGAGAUAAAGAGAAGAAAGAUUAGAGCUGCAUACUUGGCUUUAAUGUAGUCCUAUUUUGAUAAAAGUAAAUAAAAUUAGUGAAAAUAGUUAGGGAUUCUUGUUUAAA